AAAACCUCCGGUUCGGGAGGAGUUGAGGGAGGAGGGAGGGGGUUGUUGUUGGUGGUGGAGCGUUUGGGUCGGUACCGACGCCGCCAUCGCCAUGGGGAAGUCGGAUUUCCUCAGCCCGAAGGCUAUCGCCAACCGCAUCAAGUCGAAGGGGCUGCAGAAGCUGCGCUGGUACUGCCAGAUGUGCCAGAAGCAAUGCCGCGAUGAGAAUGGCUUCAAAUGUCAUUGCAUGUCCGAGUCCCACCAGAGGCAAUUGCUGCUGGCUUCUGAAAAUCCUCAGCAAUUCAUGGAUUACUUUUCUGAGGAAUUCCGAAAUGAUUUCCUAGAGCUGCUCAGGAGGCGAUUUGGAACAAAGAGAGUCCACAAUAAUAUUGUGUACAAUGAAUAUAUCAGUCAUCGAGAGCACAUCCACAUGAAUGCCACACAGUGGGAGACACUGACUGAUUUUACUAAAUGGCUGGGGAGAGAAGGUCUUUGCAAGGUUGAUGAGACUCCAAAAGGCUGGUAUCAAUAUAUUGAUAGGGACCCUGAGACUAUUCGCAGGCAGCAAGAACAAGAGAGAAAAAAGAAACAAGACCUUGAUGAUGAAGAAAAAACUGCAAAAUUCAUUGAACAACAAGUUAGAAGAGGUUUGGAGGGAAAGAAUUGGAAAAAGCCAGUCUAUACUGAACUGAACAGAGAAAGUGAAGAAGAAAAAGUUGCAUUUAAUUUAAACAAAGGAGCAAGCACUUCAAUAGCAGCAUCUUCUAAAACAAGCAGUGUCCUUGGACCGAAUGCACUGAAGAUGGUGGAAGGGGCAGUUAAAAGAAAAGAAACAGCCCAUAGCUCUGGUCAGUCCAAAGAGAAAAAGAAGAAAUCUGCACUGGAUGAGAUUAUGGAGCUGGAAGAGGAGAAGAAAAGAACAUCUCGAAGAGACUACUGGUUGCAGCCUGAAAUCGUUGUAAAAAUUAUAACAAAAAAGCUGGGAGAGAAGUAUCACAAGAAGAAAGCAGUUGUUAAGGAAGUGAUUGACAAAUAUACAGCUGUGGUGAAGAUGAUUGAUUCUGGAGACAAACUGAAGCUUGAUCAAACACAUCUGGAAACAGUAAUACCUGCACCAGGCAAGAAAGUGAUGGUAUUGAAUGGUGGAUACAGAGGAAAUGAAGGCAUUUUGGAAUCCAUCAAUGAAAAGAAGUUUUCAGCCACAAUAAUCAUUGACUCUGGACCUUUAAAAGGACGCCGAGUUGAAGAUAUUCAGUAUGAAGACAUUUCCAAACUUGCCUGAGUGCAUCAGAGAAGAUUUUGGUUCCCAAAAAGAUCUUCAUGGCUUCUUGGAGGCAGACACAAGACUCUACCAUGUCAGGGUUUUAACUGUGUGUGUAUGUAUUUAUAAUGUACAUAGAAAUUAACCACAAACAAACGGGAUUUAUUUAAAGAUCUCUCUAUGAAUUUGUUACAUAAAAUGUUUGUGGAAGUCCUAUCAGUGGAAAUAUUUUGUCUGAUUCUUUAUCAAAGUUAUGUUACAGCACUUGGUUCCAUUUUCCUUCCCUAAAAGACAAUAAGGUAACUGCAAGCUGGAGUAUUUUAUUUAUGAAGUAGAUUAUCAGUUCUGUAAGAGUGAGAAUUACCUACAAAGAGCUGCUCAAGGGCAGGCAGUGUGUGUCAGAGCCAGUGAAGUUAAAAGAACACUCAGUCUGCAGCCAGAAUUGAGCAUUGGCUGCAGGAACAAGGGAAGGGAUUAAGAUAAUAGCAGGAAGGUACCAGUGCUGCAAGGGAUUAUUUUCCUGGAUGUUGCAGGAAUGGUCUGGUUUAUUAAGUGCUGUCACCAAGUUAUUUUUGGUUAGCACAUCAGUGAUGGUAGAAUGAGAGUCAUCACUCCCCCAGCAUCUUGUUUGUCAGGGUUCUUAAUAGGACUGAUAUGCAAUUUAUCUUCCUGUGGGCUCUGAGAUGGAUGUUACCUGGGGGGUUUCUAGGACACCAGCCAGCUUGUAUGCAGAUAGGAGCUGGUGCCUCUCUUUGAGGUUUCCAGAGCCUUUUCCUUUGUUCAUGCUUCCAUUGUUGCUCUGCUACGUGAGUAACAUCACUUGUGCUAAAUGAUGUAAUGUUACUUUUAAAUUUUUUUUUAAAAUGUCACAUUUUUAUAGUUUUUUAUUUCUAAGGCAGUUAAAGA